AUGGGAUCGCACAUCACAAAGCCGAUUCGAUGCCAAAUUUACAAGACAGUUCAGAAAAAUCGAGAUGCUAUUACCAACAACGCCGCCCGGGGCAUCGGUUUCGGCGCGGGUGUCGGAAUCGGACACCUCUGGCGCACCCAUGUUGGAGACGACGAGCGACGCCGCGAAGCGGUCCAGGGAUGCCAAUACUUCUCCGAACUGGGCGAACGUAUGAUCCAGAUGACCCAGCGUCGGCUGCCAAAAUGUCUGAUGCCGUUCGCGCAGAUGCUGACAUGGACGUGUCGCGGCUGCAGCGCUUAUUUUCGUGUGCUCGCCAUCUAUGUCGCCUUCAUCCUGGCGGCCAGCGCGAGGACAAAGAAUAAGAACAAAAAGAGCCGUGGCCAUUUCGAAUGGUUGUUGGCAAAUAUCGAGACAAACAACUCU